UGAUUGAAUAAAACGACACACAGCGGAACCUUCAGCACCGCCGCCGCCGCACACCGGAAGGAUUUGAACGCUGUGCUAUACACAUACAUGGACGCGGAGCCGAGGGCUCAUCAUCAUCAGGAUGUCGUCAGUAAUCUCUCAGGGGUUUCAGAGCAGUAAGCAGGACUUCAGCUUCGGGCCGUGGAUCAUCAGCGCCACCAAAACACACAUCAUGAAGUCUAAAGACAUCGAGAGGCUGGCGGAGGUGAUGCAGAUGCCGGCUCUCCCAGAGAUGCUGUUUGGUGAUAAUGUGCUGCGGAUCCGGCACAACGACGGCUUCGGCAUCGAGUUCAAUGCCAUCGACGCUCUGAGACGCGUCAACAACCUGCAGGAGUCGGUGAAGGUGGCCUGCGCUCAGGAGUGGCAGGACAGCAGGGCUCAGUCUGAGCACUCUACAGAGGCGGUAAAGCGCUACGACUGGACCUACACCACCGACUACAGGGGAACGCUAAUCGGAGAACACACACAGAUGAAGGUUUCUCCCACCGCCGAGCGCAUCGACAUGGAGAAGCUGAAGGCCAGAGAGCAGAUCAAGUUCUUCGAGGAUGUGCUGCUGUUUGAGGACGAGCUGCAUGAUCACGGCGUAUCCAUGAUCAGCGUGAAGAUCAGGGUGAUGCCCAGCAGCUUCUUCCUCCUGCUACGGUUCUUCCUGCGAGUGGACGGAGUGCUGAUACGCAUCAACGACACACGGCUGUACCAUGAGGCUGGGAUGAAGCACAUGCUGCGAGAGUUCAGCACACGCGAGAGCAACAUGGCAGAUCUGCAGCACAUUCCUCCUGCGGUUUACACCGACCCCAAUGAGAUCGCUGCACAUCUGCCGCUCAGACUCACCGAGUGCGAGAAGCUGGAGUUUCCAGAGGGAGAUGCUCCUGCACACACACACACUCACUAAAGCAUCACACACACACACAC